AUGUCUGGAUUAACAGCGUCGCUUAUGCCAACGUAUGAUCUUGUUCGUAUAUAUGCGUCCCGUCAAGGUUGUCUCAAAGCCCAAGCUUUUGGACUUACGAAUAUUGGGGUCAAGCUGAAGUGUUGUAAGCAGUCUAGAAUCCUCAGAAUUCUUGGGGUGGUGUUCUCUUAUUUAAUUUAUGGCACAUGGUCUGUUUUCCACACUGUCACAUGUGUGAUAUGUCUUUCAAUCCAGAAAGUUGAAGCUAUUACAGCAAUAACAACAACAGCUGUCCUUUUUCUAGGUAAUUUUACGUCUGCCAGUUGCUAUGAUUCGGUUGGUAACUCUGAGAUCCAGAAUCGGAUCUUUUAG